AUGUUUCAUCUACUGUUUAUCGCCAGUGCCUUCAAGAAAACAGUACAAACCUACCACUCACUGUUCAGAGCCAGAAUGCUCAUCAUGCCAAUGAUGCAGUCAUACAGUAAAGCUGGUGAUUUUACAGUGAAAGGCAAGCUGAAGUCUGCCUUAGUAGAUAAUGCAAUCUACUAUGGAUCUUACCUACUAAUAUGUGGAAUACUUCUCAUAUAUAUUGCCCUAAAGCCUGGUGUAUACUUGGACGGACCCAAAAUUAAAGCAAUUGCAUCUUCUGCAAGCAACACAUGGGGACUGUUCCUGUUAAUUCUAUUACUGGGUUAUGCAUUAGUUGAGGUUCCAAGAAAUUUGUGGAAUAACUCGAAGAAAAAUUACACACUUACCUAUAGUUAUUUUAAAAUAGCAAAACUAAGUACAGACAAGUGUGAAGCAGAGGAAACAAUGGAUGAUAUUUUAGAUUCACUAAACUCCGUAAUGGCAGCAGUUGGCCCCGGACACCCAUUACAUCGGCAUGUGGAAACCAUAGUACAGAAGUUAACUAUACAGCUGCGUGACAGGCUUAAUUCUCGGGUAGCCCCAGAGAGACCAACGCCACCGUCUUUCAAGUCUCUUGUUAAUUUACAUAAAAAGACAAUCAAAGCCCUUCAUGUGCUCCAACGCACUGAGACACAGUGGGGGCUAAUGUUAGAGCGAAUAUUCCAUUUGGAAGAUGUGGCUUCAAACUCGAGGUCUCCAGAUCACCGUUUCCAGCACACCUUCCACACACCACGGCCCAGAGUCCAGAGGAUAUUCUAUCCGCCUAUGUUCGAAUGGUACUGGGAAUGUUUCCUAAGGCCCUACUUCUUGAAGACAAUGGCAGUAGUGACUUGCAUACUGUCUGUGGCAGUAGUUUGGUCUGAAGUAACAUUCUUUUGCAAGAAGCCUGUCCUCUCUAUAUUUGCCAACAUUGUCAUAGCUGCAAAGGAAAGCUACAACUAUGCAGCCAUUGUGUCCGUAUCGACGCUGAUAAUCGCCUACAUGUUUUACUGCGCCUACUCGACGGUCCUGAAGAUCCGUCUUCUCAACUUGUACUAUCUGGCGCCACAUCAUCAGACGAAUGAGUACAGUCUCAUCUUCUCCGGCAUGAUGGUGUGCCGACUGACGCCCGCAAUGUGCCUCAAUUUCCUCAGUCUGGUUCACAUGGAUUCUCACAUCAUCAAGGAGAGAAUCAUGGAAACCUAUUACACACAGAUAAUGGGCCACAUGGACGUGCUGGGCAUCAUAGCGGAGGGCUUCAACAUCUACUUCCCCAUGCUGGUGGUGCUCCUCUGCCUGGCCACCUACCUGUCGCUGGGCAGCCGCCUGCUGUCGCUCUGCGGCUUCCAGCAGUUCGUGGGUGACGACGAGCUCACCACCGACCUCGUGGACGAGGGCAGAGAGAUCGUCAAGAGAGAGAAGCGCAAGCGGCAGCGCGCCGAGGAGUCUAUGGCGCGUCGUCGCGACUACAGCGACCGCUUCAGCGGCUACCGCACGCGCGACAACCGCGACGGAGCCCACACCGGGCUGUUGAAUGACGUGGACUCAGAUUACUACGUGACGCCGAGCCCGGAGAGAUCGAGCACCGCGGCUGGUUCCCAGCGUCCGGAGAGUUCAUACCAAGAUGACUUAGACAAAGGUUCGGAGAGAGCACACUGCCCUCCAUCAGGACCGAGUUUGAAGAUCGAAGGCGCGACAAGA